AUGACAUCUCAUUUGAUAGCUGGGGCUUCCGUGAGUUUUGAGAUCAACUUAACAAUUUUAUUAUGUUUUUUUUUUCAUUUGUGUUCAAUUUUCGAUAUUUUCUGAAAAUGAGCUGCAAAGCAAACAAGUUUUAUUUAGCUUCUAUUGGUCAUAAAAAGGACUGAAAAUUGUACAAAAACCACACAGUUUCUACUUUACAGUUAAAUAUAUAUAUUAAAGAUUUAAAUUUUUUUCUGAAUUAUACCAAUUUUUUUAUAAAUCCUUUUCAAACCCAAUUUACUUCUCAAAAAUUAGAAAAAUUUCAGAGCGGUGGUUCAAAUGUUUGGCUGGCGGUUUUCAACAAAAGAACGAUGCUUGCAGUAACUUCGGGCAUAGGGAUUGGCCUCACGAUCGCCUAUGCUUUUCGAAGGUCUCUUUACACUUUUUGAAGACUAUUUUAAACAUUUAUUUUAGUUAUUUCAUUCGAGAGGAGAAGAGUCUUGAGAAGAGUUUUAUUGAACCUUCUUAUUUGGAAGCCGAGCCUUCAACACCUUUUAUUCAAACUCCUCGUCAAGGUUUCUUUCACACAAAAAUUUGUACAAUUACAUUUUUUUCUAGAAAUUUGAUUAAACAAAGAAUUUUUCUUUGUUCGAGAAAAAUUGAAUCUUCCUUCUCACAAGUAAAAAAAUUUGAACUUUUUAUUUAUGAAAGCGGUAGUUGAUUUCCACUUUUUUUAUGAAGUCUCAAUUUUUUUGUUUUUUUACAACCAUAAAAUAAUUUAGAAGGGCGUUCGCAAAGUGUUCGUACUCGUGCUUCUUCAGACGAUAGAUCGACUAGAUUAAGCCUUCGUCAAAAAAGCACAUCAUUCAAUCCGAUUGAAGCUGAUAUUUUUAAUGGUUAUCCAUAUUGGAAUUCAAUGAUUUGGUAGAAAAUUUUUUUCAGGAUAUGGAGCUUGUUUGGAAUUGCGACGCACAUUGGAAAGAGUUUUGGAAAACAUGGAAAUGGUCAAAAAUCGCAGCGACAAAGAUAUGAGCAGGUAAUGAAUUUUUUGAGGUCUAUAUUUUUGGCUUAAGGGCACUCAAGACGGAGGCCAUAAUUCAGAAACUAAAAGAUAUUGAAGAAGAUUUCGCCGGUCUUCAGCAUUCAGGUGAUAUUGCUGAAGAAGGUGCUUUCGUACAAUUUGGUUGCCAUGAACUCUUUUUUCUUCAGUUUUCGCAAUGAAACCAAGCGAUAGUUUUCAUACUCUGCCGACGAGAACUCUUUCCGUACUUUCUGAUGGAUCUUUCAUGUCGGCUUUCGAAGAUUUUGUGGGUUCAAUUAUUCCUAAAACACCAUACAGCUUUUUUCUAGCCUCCUGGGAUCGAUGAUGUUGAAUUUGAAACAGACGCAAGCUUUUUGGACAACGAACAACUUGUGUUACUGAAAGAAGGCUAUCAAGCUGCUGCAAACGGAGACGUUUAAACUAACUUUUUUGUCAUAAACUGUACUUUUUAUUUCCAGGUCAAAUAUCGCAAGUCACGCGCAGAAACGUGCCAAUGCGAAACAGAAACCGAGUUUGCUGCCAAACUAUUCGGCAUUCGAUUGGCGAUGGAGGUAAAAAAAGCCUAAAAACACAGAAAUCUUCUUCCUUACAGCGCACUUUCGAAGACGAACACAAAAGACUUUGGUUGUGGAACUGUGGCAGAACUAUGUUGGCGGACUACAUUCGGCACACCAAGCAGGUUAUUUCACAUCUUCUGGUUUUUUUUGGGAAUUUUAUUUCAGGAUCCUUUGCCAUUUAUCCGUGCAUUCGAAGGAAUGCAGGAAUGGUUUAAAGACCCACUGCACUUCGACGUUUUCAAAGAUGAAGUUUUUUCUCGAGGGGUAUAUCACUGGAUAAGAGAAUGAAUAUGCUACUCAAACAUUCUUCAGGUCGAAAGCACAAGUUUUUAUGACGUGGUCCUCGACUUUAUUCUCUUCGAUUCGUUUGAAGAUUUGCGCUCACCGCCUUCUGCAAUUUAUUCAGGUUAGCGGAUUCAUAUUUUUUCGUCGAAAAUCUAAUUGAAAAAUAAUUCAGUAACAAGAAACGUGUUUCUCUCGCAAUCGAUGAAAUAUUCUACGCUGAACACUGUCAUUUGGUCCAUGCUCAAAGCAAAAAGGCAGCGUCUGAAGGUUUUUUAUUGAUUUUGAGGUAAGAAGACCAGCUGGUUUUCAGGUUGCUCAUGGGUUCAUCGCACAUUUCUACAAUAUCUCUGAAGCCCUGAUGCCUGCUAUCAUCCUUGGAUUUUUAGGCACUGAUGAUCGCCUCGGCGAACUCUGCCAUUAUUUCAAAGUGAGUAACCUUUUUUAUCACAGAUUUUUUUUUAGAUAUGAAAGAAUUUUUGAAGUUAUUCAAUGCGAAUCUCUAAAAAGAUUCUUUCAAUUUUUAAAUAUUUCGAAAAAUGGAGCCAAAGAAAAUUUAGGAUUAUCUUCAUGUUUUUUUUUCAGGACCAGAUUUUGCAAUUUGCUCUAGACAUCUUCAAUACGCAAAAAGUUCGUUAUAGCAACGUUGAAGAACUUUCCGAAGACAUUUGGAUUGUCAUGAGAAAUCGUAUUGAAGCUAUUCAAACUCGUAUGUGCACGGAACUUCUCCCUGUUUAAAAUAUCUAGAACGUAGAUUUUCGAUUCUCAAACUUUUUUCUUUCAUCAACAUUAAAAAAGAAGAUUUUUUUGCCUGUGAUUUUUGCUUCAACGUUUAUUCUCGGAACUUCACUCGUUUUUUGGAGCUUUCGUAACAUGACGUUCUCUUUAUUCCACUGCCACUGAGCUUUCCCGAAUUUUCAAACCUUUCUUUCGUCAGCUUUAUCUUAUCCGGUUUUUUUGAAUCUAAUUUUUUUCAUAAAAAUUUUUGCUUUCCGUGACCGUUCUGAUUAACCUUUUCAAACAAAUGAUGGAACUGAAAAGAUAAAUUUUUAGUAGGAGAUGACUUGACUAAAAGAGAUGACGAAUGAGGUCAAAAAAACGGCGACUCGGGGAUUGCCACCGAUGAAAAGGAAAUUAAAAUGUACGAUGUGAUAGCUCUUUUGGCGGAAAUAAAAGGGGGAUACCCGGGAAAAUUCAUUUGCGCAGAGAUGAGCUCCCGAAUCGAAGUCGCUUGUCCUCUGCAAAUCCCGAAAUGGUACUCGACAACUCUUAGCUCUAUCGGAUGCAUUUCCUUCUUUGUGAAUUCUUUGGGACUCUACUUCCUAGUUUUCAAAAGUCGUACUAGGACCGCUUAUCGUUAUACUCUGCUCUACGUUCAGGUUGGUUAA